AUGGAGUCAUUAAAUGAUGGUAGUUAAGCAAGGAAAAAAUACGCUGUGAUCACACCAGCAGUGAGAAUGGCUUUUAUUAAAAGAGUCUAAUCGAAAUAAUCAACAAUAAAGUAGGCAGCCCAAGAAUUUGGAAUUAAGUUUAGCACGUCUAAAGCUAUUUUGUAAACUUAUAGAAGGGAAGGAAGGGUAGGCAAGAAGAAGACUCGUUAAAGAAGAAGUAUUUCUAAGUUGGAAUCUCUACCAGAAAAACCUUAAGAAAUCAAUAAAACAACAGAAUCGUUGGUACCAGCCCAACCUGUUCAAACUUCGCCUAUCGACUAAUAAUUUCAAUCCUUAUAAUUAUAGUUAAACUAAUAAAUUUAACUGAUGUAACUCAGCUUAUCCAUGAAUCCAUACAUGCUUCUUCAACAGUAAGAGUAUUAAUUUGAUUCUCUAGAAACCAAUAUUUAAACUAAUGUCUAAUGUAAUUAUAGACCCAGCAAAUGAUCAAUUCGUAAGGAUGGUAGAAGCCCAUUUAGCAAACACAGCCUCUUCUUUAAGAAUUUGGACGCAUUUAGGAACAAAGAAAAUAUAUAACUCCAUUAUAAUCAAGCAAAUGUCUUGACCAGAAAUUUGAUGAAGGUCGUACUACAUUAAAGGAUUUCAUUUGAG